AAUGUAUAUGUUUUCGUUGUAAAGUACUGUCUUAACUGUACCUGAACUUUACCUAUUUGUCUGUUUCAAGUCUGACCCUUGAAAGUCCCGCAUCCGAUUAUUAAGGAGACCCUGAACGCAACGUAACCCCUCCCCGUUUUAGUCUCCAUGCCAACCGAGUGAAGCUCCGAGCAGCGGCCAAGAAAAAGUUAGUUUUUGUCGUGAUUCCGUAAAAAACUACAAUUAGGAAACAAACAUGUCCAACAGCUGUAAGCCAAACUCUCAGAACUAUGGGAGCGACAUCCACAGUCUGCUGCUGGCUGCUGAAGCUGGGCAGAAGGAUGAUAUCCUGUGCUACUCCUCGGGCCAUCUGGGGCCUCGCAGCCUCGAUCAGCCUCACAGGGAAACGAAGCAGUUUUUCUGGAGGAGCAUAGAAGAAACUCCCCUGGCCCUCCAGCAGGAACUGAUAAAGAUGUUACCUGGUGUAAAGAAGAGAGAAAAGAAACAGCCUCUGUCAGAGGUCACAGCAGUAGAAUCUGGGUCAUUGAGAUCUAGACAAUAUCAGGCUGCUGAAUGUUCGUCACAUGCCGACAGAAAAGAAGAUAUAAAAGUACCUGAGAUACUUUAUCCUUCCCCGGUCCAGCUGAGAGCCUGUUCUCAGAAAAAGUCCAGCUCUGAAUCUGAUCCUGAGCGAAAUCAUCACUUUUGCUUGAGCCAUUCUGACAAAGAAGGCCUGAAUAACAAAGACCAGCUAGAGAUGAAACAACAAAAGCAAGUCUUAGCCAAGCCGGAUCUCUGGCCUGGAAUAGAUGUUGCUGAAAAGCAUGAGAGGAAACUGCAAAAGGAGUUGAGUAAGUUGUCAGCGCAGAGCAGGCCCAGCAGAGAGCGCCUUGCGGUAUUCAGUGACGUCUUUGAUGAUGUAUGUGAAGGCUCGCCAGUAUUUGGACGCAUCCUGAGGGAAAUUAAGACGGAGUAUGAUUUGUAUGUCAACCACUUGAUGGCUUUCCAUUCAUCUCCAGACAAUAUGUUGCUGAAUACUUCACUCAAAGAUCUUGGGAAGGGCAAAUUAAGUAAAAUGGAGUUCAAUGAAGCUGAAAACGAGGUCUGCAGGCUGGAGGAGGAGGCCAGAAGAGCUCAAGACGAGAAUAAACGAGUCCAAAAUGAAUUGCGGAGCCUUCAUUGUACUACAAGCCCCGAGCACAGUGACGGGAAAAAUACAUCUCUGUCAGGGGAGCAGGACAGCGGACUUGGCAUCGUCUGCACCGACAGCGUUCUGUCCAGGAGGCUUCAAGUGUUGAACACGUGGGAGGAGAGCCAACAGUUGGAAGAGGAGAUUAAGGAGAAGCUGGUGCCCACUGCUACAACCGCUGUCACUGAAGGAUACAUCAGAGAUCAGAAGGCUGAGAUACUGAAACUGAUCGCCUCAAAUGACCGUUUAAGGACCGUUAGCAAGGAUCUGGAAAACAAGAUCAACGUGGUGCUGAACCGAGAAAAAGCAAGCAAGGCCAUAAGACGGAUACUGUGGGAAGAAAUAUACUGUGAUCUAGAAGCACAGAGUGGAUAGCUUCAUCUGCAAGUAAACCAGGGAGUAAUUUGGAGAGACGGACAUUUUAAAGACAGUAUAACUAAAAUGAAGACAGAUGUAAUUAAAUAGAUUCAAGCAACUUAUAACUAUGUGAUUAUCUUUUCCCGCUCAAACCUUUGAAAUUUAGUUCAUAUAGUGCAUUAAAACGUAUUCAUACCUGUUGGAAAUAAUCAGUUUUCAGCAUUAUUUGGAGAUAAAAUGUUACCUGAUCUUCAUCUUAGUCAAAUGUAUAGAUAAACACAAAGUGCUAUAACUGAAAGCACACAAACGCAGUGCCGCAUUUCCUCCGUGGUGUCCUGCCAUGGACAUCACAUUCUUGGUGGUAGAUUCAUGGGCAGAUGUGUGAACCAGCUCCAAUGAUUCUACGUAGCCUUUAGCCCUCAACUCACUGAACAUUUGGUGUCGAAGUCAUUUUAGCUGAGCGCCCACUUCUAGGAAGAGCAGCCACAGUACUAACUUAUCUUUAUUUAUGCACCGAAUAUAGAUGUUGUUGACUUCUUAACAUUAAAUUCUAAGAAUAUUUUAUGUCCCUUUCCAAUUUUAUGAAAAAAUGAUCCAUUACAAUACCUGUAUUCAGAAAUAUCAAUAAGAGUUCUAUACUCUGCUGUGUAGUUUAAUCUGUAAUAAUGUGUUCUAUUUUAAAAUAUGGUCAAGGGUUUUGUGUCUAAAAUUCUAAUGAGCAGAGGAACUAGUGUUAUGCUAAUAUAUCACUAGUGCUACAUAUGUCAAAUUAAUGUAGCGAAGUAAAUUUGUAAGUAAAUUAAUGAGCAGUUAUAUUGAAAGUGCUUUAGAUUCAGUAAUCACGUGCACAUGUUGGUAUUUCAUAACAGAGAAUGCUGCAUUUUAAAGAUUCUGCCAUCCAGCAGUUAAAGCACAGCUGUGAAUUUGACACCUCACAUAUGUUGUUUUCGUGGCCCACAGUGAUCCACUUAGUCUUUGUUGAUAUGAGCAACGUCCGCCUUAAGGUACAAGUCAAAGAAGUUGUUGUGCGUAGAGCCUGAAGCCGCACAGAUGUCAAUUUGUUGAGAACAGUUUUUGUUUCAAAGCAGAUAUUAGGAAUUAGAGGUUGUCACAGCCAUGUUUUUUUCUGAUUUAUAGUCCAUAACAUAAGCCACUUCUGUGAUUAGUCAUGCUUCUCUUGCUGGACAUUAAAAAGGUCAAAAAUUUGCAGUUUUCACAGAACUGGGAACACAUUUCUCGUCAAACACAAGAGGGCAGCAGAGACAUAUGAGAAAAGAGUAGUAUGUAGUAAAUUCAGACAUCUGCAUUAAAGUACACUACCCUCAGUUAAUUUCUUUAGCAUUGUUUACCUGUUGUUAGCAGGGGCGGAUCCAGAUUAAUUUUAGUGGGGGGCACAGGGGGGUACAACAGAUAUUUUGAGGGGGCCACCAAAAAGUUGUAAGAAAAAAUGAAAGCUGCUGCCAACCUCUCGCUUUUACAAAGUAUUUUUCAUGUAUUUUUUUUUUGGCUCUUUAACCCAUUGGGAAAGCUGUAUAUGACCUUUUCAUUUUGAACUGUUAACAUUCAAAUUAUGAUGGACUUGUUUCCUUGUUUAUGUGAAUUACAGCAUCAUUAGCUGCAGCAUCUGCCUGUUAUGUAAAACUAGUAAGCUCAGCGUCAGAAUCCUCAGGGCAAUUAAGUGACAAAUAUUGUGCAAGAAAAGCAUUAUAUACAACCCUAUCAAUUUCCACUUCUUAGAAUGUUUACUGACAAUUAUCACACCUAAAAUAAGAAAUAAUAUUCUCUACUUUUAGCAACUAGUUCUCAACUGUAAACCAGAAACAUCAUAGGGUUCUGUAUGCUAAUCAGUCUAAAUCAAAAUGAGUACUACCAAUACACAGAGAACAACAACAAUCUGUACCCUUGAUCUGUGGUAAAAUAAUCUUAAAUGUUCUGUGCAGUAAUGUAAAUUUUAAAAUACAACAGAAUACAGUAAGUAGCACUAGUAAACCUGAGAGCAAUAAUAAACAGUAACAAUACUGAAUAUUCUUAAAUCAAAUACAAUAAAAUACAAGAAGCAACACUCAAUACAUUUAACAAUAAACCUGAGAACAAUAAUAAACCGUAGCAAUAUUCCAUAUUCUUCAGUCAUUUAAUAGUGCACAGCUCAGCAAACAUCAUAGUGUUCUGUAUAGAAAUCACAAAUUAUUUUAAGAUCGGCCACCUGAUCUCUCAUUUUGACCAUGAAAACUAAAGGGAAAAAAAUCCUGAGCUGUAGAAAAUCAGUCUAUCAAAUUUUAUUUUUUCCAAAAAUGAAUUGGGGUCUAUGGAGCAAAAGUUUUUUGGAGCCAACCCUAGCGGACGGCGUGAUAUUGCAAGUUUUUGACACUUCCGGGUGGGCUUCAAUUUUGGAGCCAGAUGCUACGUCCAUCUUUAUAUACAGUCUUUGGUAAGACCUCAGCCAUUUCAGCACCUGGCCUGAGUUGUCAAAAUAAUUCUCCAGUCUGUCCAGUAAGAUGCCGUGAUCCACCGUAUCAAAAGCUGAGCUGAGAUCCAACAACAACAGAACAGAUGACGCCUUUGAGUCAGCAGCUAGAAGGAAAUCAUUCACCACUUUAGUCAGCGCUGUUUCUGUGGAAUGAUUUGCCCUAAAAGCUGACUGAAGAGGCUCAAAAAGAUUAUUUAAUGACAAAUAUUUCAAUAGCUGAGUUGAAACCACUUUCUCAAAAACUUUUGACAAAAAAGACAGAUUUGAACGAACUAAACACAGACUUUGUGAUUUUUCUGCUCACAUGUGUCGCUGUAAGCUUACUCUUUCAAAUAAAUAGCUGCCUAACCCUCUGGAAA